AUGUCUUCUACGGUUGCAGAUAUGGUUCACAAUGGAGAGUGGGCUUGGCCGAACACAUGGGUAAACCGGUUCCCAGCCUUAGAGAAUCUGCCUAAUGUGGUGUUAAAUUCGGAAGCUCAGGAUAGGAUUGUCUGGAGAUCUAGGGAAGGAGCUGACAUGGAGUAUAGUACUUACGUUGUUUGGGAUGAUAUCCGUCAGAUGCAGGAUCAAGCUCCUUGGGCUCGUAUCGUUUGGUUCCCUCAGGCUAUUCCACGUCAUGCAUUUCUAAUGUGGUUUCUUGUUUGCAAAAAACUCAAAACUCAGGAUAUGAUGAGUAGAUGGGGAUUGAACUAUAAUCUCAUGUGUUGUUCUUUAUGCAUGUCGGGGCCCGACUCUCAUGAACACAUCUUCUUUAAGUGCUCUUUUGCAUCGCAGAUUUGGAAUGGGGUUCGUGAUAAAGCUGACAUGGGAUCUAUUGAAGAGAACUGGGAGGAUAUAUUUGAUUAUCUAUUGCAGCAUGCGGAAUCCAACCGAGCUAAUCAUAUCAUUGGCAAGUUAGUGGUUGGGGCUACGGCUUACUUCGUAUGGCAGGAACGAAAUAACCGAUUGUUCUCGACGAAGAAAAGGAAUGCAGCUAAUCUGAUUGAGGUGAUUUUAACAACAAUUCGUAUGAAGCUUCACACAAUGAAGUUUAAGAGGACGAGUCGUGUUAAUCAAGUGUUGCUCGAGUGGAAGCUGCCGAGAGCUUUGCUUAUGGUCAAGAUGAAUGCGGCUAACAAAUUGCAAGUUUAG